AGGAAGAAAGCUCAACUGGUGAGAGAGAGGGUGAGGUAUCUGGGUUAUGAUACUGAGAAAGGACACAGGGCUUUAGGACCGGAGCGGAAACAGGCAGUUUUGAUGCUGGCCGAACCUAGAACAAAGAGACAACUGAGAAGCUUUUUAGGGUUGGCUGGCUUUUGUCGUAUUUGGAUCCCCAACUUUGCUUUGAUGGCAGCACCCUUGUAUGCAGCCACCAGGGGCGCCAAUACAGAACCCCUUGAGUGGGGGGGAGAACAGAAAAAAGCCUUUAAAGAUAUAAAACUUGCGCUGACUUAGGCGCCGGCGUUAGCCUUACCGAAUUUGCAGAAGCCUUUUAAUUUGUAUGUAGACACAAGUAGAAAUAUUGCAGUGGGGGUGCUUAUUCAACCGUUGGGAAGUUGGCAACAACCAGUAGCAUACUUAUCAAAACAGCUGGAUGGAGUGGCACGAGGCUGGCCGCAUUGUUUGAAAGUGUUGGCUGCAAUUGCAGAAUUAAUUCAGGAUUGUAAUAAACUUACUUUUUCCUGUCCAAUAAAUGUGCACUCUCCCCAUGCGGUACAGUCCGUCUUGGAUGCUAAAGGACAUUUAUGGAUUAGUGGGCAGAGAUUGGCAAAAUAUCAGGCAAUCAUGAUUGAGAACCCCCAGGGGCGUUUGGUAAUGUCCAAUAGGUUGAAUCCGGCUACGUUAUUGCCAACGGAAGUGGAUACCCAACACAAUUGCUUACAAGUAUUAGAUAAAGUUUAUUCCACCCGCCCUGAUUUAACGGACAUCCCGUUACCCAAUGCACAGUUCAAUUGGUACACGGACGGAUCCAGUUACAUUGUAGAUGGGUAUCAGGUGUCUGGAUAUGCCAUUGUAGAUGAUGAAGGAGUGGUGGAAAGCAGACCUUUAGGAAGUGGACAUAGUGCACAGGUGGCUGAGUUGUGGGCAUUGAUACGUGCCUUAGAAAGGGCCAAGGGAGAAACAUUGAAUGUGUGGACCGAUAGUAAAUAUGCAUUCCUUACUUUACAUGCACAUGGGGCUGUUUAUAAGGAACGAGGGUUUAGAGAUUCAGCAGGGGAAAGUAUUUUGCAUGGACAUCUUAUUAGCCGCCUGAUUGAAGCUGUAAAUAAACCAAAGAAAGUAGCAGUGAUGCAUUGUAAAGGACAUCAAAGAGGAGAUGAUAAGGUAGCUAUAGGGAAUAGAGCAGCGGAUGUGGAAGCAAGGGAAGCGGCGAAGCAAGAGGGGCCUUUGCCCGACUUAUCUGUCUGUGUAGCAAUGGAUUUAGGGGUUAUUCCCCCUGAAAUUAAACCAACAUAUACGCAACAGGAAAGUGUGAAAGCAGUGACAGAUUUAAAAGCUCAGGUUGAAGAUGGGUGGUAUGUAUUACCAGACAGGAGGAUUUUCGUACCAGCCUCAAUGGCAUGGACACUAGUACGCCUAGCCCAUGAAACAACACACAUGGGAAAGACGGCUUUAGAAUUGGCAUUAGGAAGAGAUUAUUACAUCAAUGGGCUGGCCGGAGUCGCUGCUGGAACUGUUGCAAAGUGUGUUACAUGUGCUAAGGUUAACCCAAGACAAGGGCCCUUACUGCCCCCUGGUGCCAUACCCCGGUCAUACAUCCCCAUGGAUUAUAUUAUGAUAGACUUUACUGAUAUGCCUAGAUGUGGAUUGUUCAGAGCUCUAUUAGUUAUGGUGGAUAUGUAUACAGGGUGGCCUGAGGCUUUUCCAACAAAGACCAAACAGGCACGGGAAGUGGCAAGACUAUUAUUGAAAGAGAUAAUUCCCAGAUUUGGAAUUCCUAGUCAUAUCUCUUCGGAUAAUGGUCCCGAGUUUGUCCAUCAUAUUAACCAGGCAGUUGCAAAGGCGGUAGGAAUCAAGUGGCGGUUUCACAGUUCUUUUCGGCCAGAAGCAGGUAGAUGUGUGGAACGCAUGAACAGGACUCUGAAGGAAAGGAUUACUAAGAUUUGUACAGAUAGUCAUUUAAAAUGGCCAGAUGCUCUACCACUAGCCUUGUAUGCCAUUCGAAGCUCACCAAGGGGCCAGCACAAGUUAUCGCCAUAUGAGUUAAUGUAUGGACGACCGCCAGGGUUGUUAAGGAGAAACUUGGCAGGGUGGCCAGAUUUGGGGCAUAAAGGAAUAUGGAAAUGGUACAAGAACUUAAUAAGCAAGUCGAGAGGCUUCAGCGAUACGUGA